AUGAAAUUUGUCUUCUAUUUGGGUGUCCUUGCUGGGACCUUUUUCUUUGCUGAUGCAUCUGUUCAGAAAGAAGACCCUGCUCCCUAUUUGGUAUACCUCAAGUCUCACUUCAACCCCUGUGUGGGCGUCCUCAUCAAACCCAGCUGGGUACUGGCCCCAGCUCACUGCUACUUACCAAAUCUGAAAGUGAUGCUGGGAAAUUUCAAGAGCAGAGUCAGAGAUGGUACCGAACAGACAAUUAACCCCAUCCAGAUCAUCCGCUACUGGAACUACAGUGAUAGCGCCCCACAGGAUGACCUCAUGCUCAUCAGGCUGGCUAAGCCUGCCACGCUCAACCCCAAAGUCCAGCCCCUUCCCCUCGCCACCACCAAUGUCCGGCCAGGCACUGUCUGUCUACUCUCAGGUUUGGACUGGAGCCAAGAAAACUACGGCCGACACCCUGACCUGCGGCAGAACCUGGAGGCCCCCGUGAUGUCUGAUAAAGAAUGCCAGAAAACAGAACAAGGAAAAAGCCACAGGAACUCCUUAUGUGUGAAAUUUGUGAAAGUAUUCAGCCGAAUUUUUGGGGAGGUGGCCGUUGCUACUGUCAUCUGCAAAGACAAGCUGCAGGGGAUCGAGGUUGGGCACUUCAUGGGCGGGGACGUCGGCAUCUACACCAAUGUUUACAAAUAUGUAUCCUGGAUUCAGAACACUGCUAAGGACAAGUGAGACCCUACUUCUUCCUCUGCAUUCCACUGGCUCUGCCAUGGACUGUACAAGCAGAGAAUUUUCCCUCAAUUCAAAAUAAAAUCUCCAAAUAAAAAUUUGGGAAUGUAGCA